GAGACAAUUACAGACAAGCUUACCGCUGCACAUUCAAUCCCGCUCGGGAGCAUUUUAAGCCUUUCCAACAAAGGACCGAAUACGUAAAAUGACGGUAUCUCGUAUCGAGGUAAUCAAGUAAGAAGUGACCCCCCUCUUUCCUUCUCUCUCUUUCCAGGACUGCUGGACUGAGCAAUGGGUUCUGUGCAGCUGGAGGAAUUAUCGCCAGACCAUUCCGAACAUUCCCUGAAUUCAGAAAAUGCCUCCUCGUUUAUUGGGAUCAAGACUGGGUGUGGAAACCUGAACAUCCGGACGAGAAAGGGACGAAACCUCCACUUCCUGCAGAUGGUCAUCUUGCCCCUGGUGCCCAUAGCAGCGCUCAUCAUCCAGAACUGCAUCACCAUGGAGAACGUCAUUCGAUACCAGGCGGAAAUCACCAAAGUCAACGAAGGGGUCCUGCUCACUGUCAAUUUAGGACGUCUUGUGGCUGGCAUCCAGAGAGAGCGUCUGGCAGUGGCGUAUUAUUUCUUCACAAACAGAUCACUCCACAGGUCGAACCUCACCCAGUUCUACGCCGACACAAAUCACUACAUCACCAAGCUGACGACUUGGCCUAAGAUCAGCAAAGACGAGUCGGACUUGUUCCUGUCUCCGCAGCAUUUUCAAAUAUGUCUGAAUGACUUCAGAUCGCAGAUCGACUCGACGGAGAUGCUCAUUUCGCGGAAGAUGGACUUCUACGGCGAUAUAACGGCUCCUCUCAUUCGCCAGCUCAUCAUCUACACCAGCACGACCAGCUCUCCCAGUCUGUGGCAGUCCGUAUUUCUGGCAGAGUUGUGCACUAAUGGCUUUAGUCUUUGCACUUGUGUAGAAUUUGCACGUCUCUUUUUUUAUGUCUGAGCGUUGACAUGUGUGUGAUAUCACGACUUUGACGCUGGGGACGUUGCGUCUAGAGUGGUUUCAGUUGC